CGCAUCUCACACAUCUCACACAUCUCUGAAAUUCCGUUCUCUCUCUCUCACAGUGCAAAAGCUAUGUACUCCAACCUCUGCCUCACCGCCACCGCAGUCGCCGCCAUAUUCGCCCUACUCGCCAUCAGCACCACCAGAUUUUCACCGCCGCCGCCGGAGACUCUCGAUGAACCGAACAUAGAAUAUUUGUCAAUUGACGGCGGUGUAGGGCCGGAGAGUUUCGCCUUCGACAGCGCCGGCGGAGGACCUUACACCGGCAUCUCCGACGGUAGGAUUAUCAAAUGGCUGCCUGAUAAACAACGGUGGAUCGAUUUCGCCUUUACUUCUCCAAACAGAACAGGUUGUGAAGAGGAGGGAGAGAAAGAGGAGGAGAGAUGUGGGAGACCAUUAGGGCUCCGAUUCAAACACGGCGACGGGGAUCUGUACAUCGCCGACGCCUACAUGGGAUUGCUUCGAGUCGGCGCAAACGGCGGUUUAGCCAAACCAGUUGAAUUCGAGAUGGAGGAGGACCAGGUUUUGGGGUUCCACUCUUUCAGCUUCGCCAACAGUUUGGACAUUGAUCAACUCUCUGGACAUGUCUAUUUCACCGAUAGCUCUUCCCACUAUCACAGAAGGAACUUCGCGUCGGCUAUAUUAAGUGGAGACAGUUCAGGAAGGCUAAUGAAAUAUGAUCCAAAAUCCAAACAACUAAGCCUUCUGUUGGGAAACCUUUCAUUUCCGAACGGAGUGUCACUGAGCAAAAACAGGGAUUUCCUUCUACUCGCGGAGACCACCAAGUGCAGGAUUCUCAAGUACUGGCUGGGGACGGGCAAAGCCGAGGUGGUGGGGGAGCUCCCGGGGUUCCCGGACAACAUCAAGAGGAGUCGUAGUAGUANAAAAAAAAAAAUUAGUUCUUCCAUUUUUUACACAAAAAUUUAUGGUUUUCUCACAAGAUCCUUCCAUUUAGCAGCAUUUUAUAGCCUUAAAGUUAAGAGCAAGGUUCAAAUGAAUAAAAGCUUAUGGUGGAUACCUAGGCACCUAAAGAUGAAAAAGGACGACGACGUUGAAAUAAACAUAGAUCCGAAGAUCCUCGAAUAG